AUGCUUGUAUUACAUUGGACAAAAAGCAUGCCUACUACUAUCAAGUACAAGCUCAAUUGCACAUCUGUGAUGUUGAAUUUUGUGACUUUAUUGUUUGGACAACUAUUUGUUGAAAGGAUAGCACCAGAUCCUAACUUUUGGACUAUUGCAACAAGAGAAGCAAGGGAAUUUUUUGUUAAUGGAAUUCUUCCAGAAAUAAUGGGAAAGAGGUACACAAGAGCUCUUGUUCCAUGUUCAAAGAACCUUCCAUCUUCAGAUGAUGAUGACGCCUAUUGGUGUAUUUGCCAGCAACUGAUUGAAGACAGUACUCUGAUACGAUGUGACAAUAUGAACUACAAAAUUAAAUGGUAUCAUCCUAGUUGUGUGCAGCUGAAAGAGAUCCCACAGGAUAAAUGGUUGUGCCCUCAGUGUUUCAGCAAGCCAUAA